CGCGCGCGUCUUUUCACUCGCGCGCGUGCGCGCAUCCUCUUCGACUCCUCAUUCUCAUUCUCACGCCUGCACAUGAAGGACUGGAAAAUAACCCAAAUCAUUCUCAUCAGGCCGAAAAGUCACUGCAGCGCCGCGACUUUAUUGGCUUGGAUUUUUCUUUCGGCUCGGAGCGAACUACACAGCUUGCUCUCCAAGCCUGCGCAUACAGCAUGUCCGUCUCUCAAGGCUUCUGCUGGAAACGGGCGACGACGUUCCUUGAGUUGAGUCUGCUGCAGAUGCUGUGGGCGACGUUGACGGAGGCCAUGCACCCGGAUUGCGCCCUAGUGCUUCAGCACAUGAAGGCGCAGGAAGAAUGCGGACACAUCAUCGCUCAGGAAGAAAACAAGCUCUCCACCGGGGCAGGGUGCCCGACCGUGUGGGACGAGAUUCGCUGCUGGUAUGCUGCCGAGGUGGGGCAGGUGGUGGGCGUGUCCUGCGCCAAUGUCUCCCUGCUCUUUCUUAACCAAGGUCACAUCUACAGGAACUGCACCGAGAGCGGCUGGUCCGAGCUGUAUCCGAGCUACAUGGACGUCUGCCGGUUUGCUGACGACAACCCAGCAGAAUCCGAGACAACGUACCUCUCCAACUUCAAACAGGUGUACACAGCUGGCUACGCCACAUCCCUCAUCUCGCUUAUUUCUGCCAUUUUUGUCUUUACAAUUUUCAGGAAGUUUCACUGCACCAGAAACUACAUCCACAUGAACCUCUUUUUCUCUUUCAUCUUGCGAGCCAGCGCCGUCUUCAUUAAAGACGAAAUUCUCUUCUCCAAUGAAGAUCAGGACCACUGUAUCAUGUCCACCAUGUCAUGUAAAUCAGCCGUGGCCUUCUUUCAGUUUAGCAUCUUGGCCAACUACUUCUGGCUGCUGGUGGAGGGCAUGUACCUGCAGACCCUGCUGGCUCUCACCUUUGUCUUCCAGAAGAAAUACUUCUGGUGGUACAUUCUCAUCGGCUGGGGUGUCCCGUCGACAAUUAUCACGGCAUGGAUCUUGACUCGCAACUUCUAUGACAACAGAGGGUGCUGGGACGACACAGAUGUGGCCUCCAUCUGGUGGAUCAUAAAAGCUCCCAUAACUGUAUCGUUGAUGGUCAACUUCAUCAUCUUCAUCAACGUGAUCCGCAUUCUGGUGCAGAAGUUGCGUUCCCCUGCUGGCGGCGGCAAUGAUGGCGGUCACUUCAAGAGACUGGCCAAGUCCACGCUGUUGCUCAUUCCGCUUUUUGGGAUGCACUACAUGGUGUUCGCGUUCCUGCCGGAGAACACGGGAGCGGAGGCUCGUCUUUUCAUCGAGCUCGGCUUGGGGUCCUUUCAGGGAUUUGUUGUGGCCCUACUCUACUGUUUCCUGAACGGUGAGGUGCAGGCCGAACUGAAGAAGCGGUUUUGGAAAUGGCAGACUCAGGAUUACCUACGUUACAGUAAGCGACGUCGCACCUUGCUCACGGACAGCAGCACGCUCACUCAGAUCUCCGUCCUCGACAAAAGCAGCCCCAAAGACGGGCCGGCCCGUGGGACAAAUGUCCUUCCGGGCGCGCUCAUGACCUGCCGCAGCUCUGCGCUUUGAUUCAAACCUAAUCAGGUGACUCAAUGGAGCGGCUUGAUUGAAUGUAUCUUUCCAUUUGGUACGGUGGGACUUGACUGCAAAAUCAUUUGGAAAAUCUUCAGCUACAGUAUUUAUGAAGUUAACCCGGUUGUCGCGAUGAACAUUUCUGAUGGCAUUGAUUGGUCUUCACCAAAUAAAAUCCUUCUCGUGCAUUGCA